AUGGAGAAGUACAGCAUAUAUGACAGACCUUCCAGCACUCUGUCCAAGUUCCUGACUUUGAGGCCCCAGCAGAGAUGUGGAAUAAUUUAUUGGCUAUUUGGUGGUUCAGGCAGGAUCAGAAGUCUGGGACAUGUAACUAAGAGGCUUCAGCCACUGCAGGAGCAGAAAUACACUGGGAUGUUUGCAAUGGCAGAGAGGGACCCAGGGAGCAACGUGAGAGGGAUCCAGACUGAAGCCACUUUUGACCUCUCUGCACAGGAGGUUGUAAUCCACACGCUGUGCGAAGAUGCUGAGAAGAUGUACGACAGAAAUGCCAUGCACGGGAACUACGCCUCGGUCUUCGCCCAGCUCGUUGUGGGUGGACGGUCUCAAGGUCUGCCUGCAGUGGAGAAUGGGAUUUUACUAUUUGACAUUCAGAUAGCAAGGGAUAGCCUGCUGGAUAAGUUCGGGUCCGUACCCCCAGGUAAGCAGCACCAUUCCCCUGUGGAGAACAAGAGUUCAAGAUUCAACGCGAUGCUGGAAGCACUGACCCCUUCGAGAUUAGCGAUGGCUUUCCAGGCUAUUGGCGCCAUGAAGCUUGGGUUGACAAUAGCCAUUCGCUACAGCCACUGCUGGAGGCAGUUUGGGCCCAAAGAGAAGGAAGAGGUCAAGGUCAUUGAGCACCAAACGCAGAUCCUUGGGCUGAUGCCUCUCCUGGCCAUGACCUUGGCGCUGGCCAGCCGCCCGGCUGGCCAGGCCUGGACAGACAGCGCUGCUGAGUCAGGCCUGGACCUGCUGCUGGUGGUGAUGGUGGUGGCGAUGGUGGCAGUGUUGGUGGUGGUGGUGGUGAUGGUGGUGGUGAUUGUGGUGAUUAUGGUGGUGAUGAUGGUGGUGGGUUACAUGAUGGAAAUACAAAUCUCAGGCUUAAAAUGUGCCUCAGAUGUGUUUGUCACUUUUGAAGGUGACAAUGUUGUUACGCUGCAGGUCGUGGUGCAGGAACUGCUGGCUCAACACACUAAACAACAUGGAGAAAGGCUACUGGUUAGCCUGCCUGGAAGCUGGGCCAAGUCUGGGGGUGACAAGCUCAGAACCAGUUUCCUGGGAUUUAACAGGGACACAGUCAGUAACCUCACCUUUCUGUUGAAAGCGGUGAAUUUUCACGAAAGGGUUCCUCAGCGGGGUUCGGUGGCCAGAAUGGAUUACAAGGUAGUGGCCAGGAAGGAGGAUGUCUUUGAGGCCUGGAACACAUGUCUACACCACAUCGCCUGCCCGUCUCUGGUGCACGUCCACAGAGGUCAGCGGCCUGUUGCCUAUGCAUGA